CAGUAGAAUAGAAUUCAUAAAAUGUUUAGGAAGAAAUCUAAGAAUGCAUCAAGUCAUGAGAAUGAACCACAUUAUAAAGCUAAAAUACCUGGAAAUCUAAAGGAUACCGAUCAUAGUUUGUCAAGUAUUUCAAAUGAAAACUGGAUGUUUAUUAAAAAGCUAACUGGCAACUGUAAUCAGAAUAAAGCUUUGAGUUUAAUUCACAAAAUGAAUAUAUUCUCGCGGAAUAGGCGAAUGAACAAGAAAAAAGUCAAUUAUCAUGAAUAUAGUGAUCCAGUUCAUUUUGAUAUAUCUAGUAAUGAGUGUAUGGAAGAAAGUGGGUCAGUUAGCUUAAAUCUUUCUCCAACCCAUAAAUCAGAAUUCGGUAGUCAAAACGCUUCCCCUAUUUACUAUGGUCAAAAGUCUGAACAGUAUUGUAACUCUACAGCUACUAGACUAUCCAAAAAAUCUAUAGCAAAAACGGAUUCACUCUACACAGAUAUAUACACACAUGAUAACAGCAUACAUGGGUGUACAACUAUGAGUGAAUUAUCUGGAUUUAGAGAACAACAAUAUGCAAUUUCAUCCCCGCGACAAUUCACAAUCCCCGACCCAACUGCUUGCAGAGAUUUAGAUAAUGCUAGUCCUGAAACUAUCGCACUAUGUUGUCAACAUUCAUGUCAUUAUUGCUUCUAUGUUUAUUUUCCAUCAUCAACUGUAGAUGAUUAUUUAAUACCAUUUCGAAGAGAAGAUUUCCAAGAUAAACUGUCACAGAUACAAAAUUUACACCAUAUUAAUGAAAUGAAACAAAAUAAAACUAUACAAAAUAAAUUAGCUGAUCGUCGUAUUCAUUCAAUUGAAAAACAAUCCGGUACAAAAAUACAUUUAAGUGAACUGAAUUCAAGUAUAAUAUGUAUUAAAGGUAUGCCAUGUCGACGUUUAACUAUAGCCGGUCCAUCAUUUAUCAAUAUUUGUUAUGCAUUAAAUUUAUUAGAAAAUUUAUUACCAAAUAUUAUUAAAAGUGCUAUUUUUCCAUAUCGAUUGCCAGAAGGUUUAUCAACACGUUAUCCAUCUGGUUCACGUUUAAGUUCAAUGUAUCAAUGGAAUUAUGUAAGAGAUAAUGUUUCAACUUUGUUUAAAUCUUAA